GUCAAAGCUCAGAUGUCCAGCUACAUGACCGGCCGCUGUUAAAUCAUUUUAUCAAUUAGUAGUGGAGAGAGCCGGACCACGGUCCUGAAUACUGCGUUCUGAUUGGUCCAACCGCAGAACUCAUUCAGCGCUCCCAUAUAAACCCGUGCAGACUUGACAUCGGUGCUAUCUGUCAUGCAAGUCCAAAGGAUAGUGAGGAGUCCAGUGUAGAGAAACUGCUUGCAGAAAUUGCUUGUGAUAGCCCACAUUUGUUCUGUUUUUGCGCAGCAGAAGCUUUUGGAGCGUUAUUCUUAUGAAUUACACACAAAGCAGGAGCCGUCUUUUUACGUUUAGUUGUGUCAUCUGUAUUGAGAGGACGAUGCCUUUGAGGACCGCACUUUUUCUCCUGAUGGUGCUGAAUGCAUCUGCAUAUGAACUGGAUCAAAACGAGUCAUAUUCGCCCAGGAGAGCACGCUUUUCUGCCAAUAGCCCUGCAGAUGUGGCACGCUGUCUCAACAGUGCCCUCCAAGUUGGCUGCGGAGCCUUCGCCUGCCUGGAAAACUCAACUUGUGACACAGAUGGCAUGCAUGACAUUUGCAAGUCCUUCCUAUACAGUGCUGCUAAAUUUGACACUCAGGGUAAAGCAUUUGUAAAGGACAGCCUUAAAUGCAUUGCUAAUGGCAUCACCUCAAAGGCAUUCCCCACCAUCCGCCGCUGCUCCACCUUCCAAAGAAUGAUAUCAGAAGUUCAAGAGGAGUGUUACAGCAAGCUGGAUAUCUGCACCGUUGCCCGGUCCAACCCAGAUGCUAUUGGUGAAGUGGCACAGCUCCCGAGUCACUUCCCCAAUAGGUUUUAUGGUAAGCUGCUACAGAGCCUGAUGGACUGUGAUGAGGACACGGUGGAUCGCGUUAGGACCAGCAUGGUGUCGCGGCUGGGCCCAGAGAUGACCAUGCUUAUUCAGCUGCUGCAGAACAAGCCCUGCCCAUCCACUGCUGCGGCUGCAGCUGCCGCCAUCCCGACUGGAGCGGAGGGCCGUGGGAGCUGGCGCUGGUCCAUGGGUCCCCAUAUGUACAAGAUCCAGCCUAAUCUGCGAAACAGAGACUCUGCCAGUCAUUUUGGCAAAAAACGCUCUGCUAGUGACAGCUCCUAACUUCCACUCAGAUUCAGAAAACUCCACACACUCCUACAAAACAUCACAAAAGCUCCUCUAUUCCCUAAAGGUGAAAAACUCCAUUCCUCUGCUAGACUGGAAGUUACAGAAAUAUGCACCUCUAGGGAAUGCCGGACCGCCCAUAGAGUUGAUAUCAGUUUGAUUGUUGUUAUAUUGUAUAUCCUACACUUUAGGCUUAAGAGAACCCCUCUUCCAUGGACUUGUUCUCAAACGUGUCCGCUCACAGUUAGUGCUGAACAUGUGGCUGUUGCAUUUGUGCAACAUGGUCCUGUUCACUCCUCUUCACAUCCUCCAGCAGAGAUGAAUCCUAAAGAAGUCUUUUGAUGCCAAGCCAAAAAAAAUGAGAAAAAAAAUAAAAAAUAGCCAUAGUGGUUCACGCCUCUAGAGCACAAGCCAGUACAGUAAAAGAUAAAACCACUAUUUCAUAAUUCUGAUAUUUGUACACGGAUAGAAAUCAGUGGUUGGAAUAUUAUUGAUUCGUUUUUAGAGACGGGAAAUUAUUGGUAGAUGUAUCUAAUAUUUCAGCAACGAAAUAGGUCAAAUUGUGAGCAUGAGAUGUGGAGUGAGUUUCAUAGCGUUUUUUUUUUUUGUUUUGUUUUUUCUGACAUAACACUUAAAUGUACUGUAUACCAAGUUAUCAGCCAUAGCUAGCCCUCUAAAAGAGAGCGCUCAUACGGAGUGAGGUCUGCAGAGGUUUCAUGAUAACCUUUGAGAGGUUACCUUAAACUGACCAAAAAACUUCAAACUGCCCUGAAUGCUAUUCAUGAAAAUACCAAAAUUCUGUAUAGCUAUAGCACUUAUAAUUAUUAUUAUUAUUAUUUUCUGUUGGCAUAUGUAGCCUUGGUCAUGUAUGUUUCGAAUCAUUAAUCCUGCACACACUGUAAGGAUUGUGUAGGACAUGGCCAAGUCUAUCAGAGAAAGUCCUUUUUGCAUCUUUUAUCCAGACACUUGCAAUGCAUAAGACUGUUGAGCUCUACAUGAGUGGUGUUUAGUUGGAUCUGUGUCCAUGGUCUUAACUCAGUGCGAAGCAGUCGUGUAUGUGCAGUAGUCGAUUAGCACGUUCACCGAUGAGACUGAGAGCAGCCAUCUUCUUGGACUGAUGAUCGUCGUUCUCUGAGGUGAAUCACGUGACAUACACACUGGCUUCCAAUGUCAAGAUAGAGAAUGACUAUUUAAAAUAAGCCUUGUUGGAAUGAUAUUUAUUUUCCUACUAUAUUAUUUAAUGUUUUUUAUUUUUUAUUUUAAUGCAUUAUUGUAGUUCUAAUUAGUUUACAGAUGUUAACAAAAAGCAGUUCAGUCAUGGCUCCUAUUUAAACAUGAGCUCUAUGCCAAAAAAAAAGAAAAAAAAAAAGAGUGAGGCGACACUCACCGAGUGACUGAAUGGGACCCAUGUCAUGACUCUGUGCUGGCCAUAGGGGAACAAGGUUGGUCAUUCAGGUCAGGUGAAUAUACUUUAUGGGUGUUACAAGGGACCACAACAAAACAUUAGCCUAGUUUUGACACACUUUCUGGUUUAAAAAAGGUUGUCGCUGCAGCUGGCAGUUGCGCAUGUGCAGUGCUGAGGGUUUGUGUGCAUUUCUGAUGAUUGAACAGGUUUAAAGACAGCGAAACAAACACCUGCAUUAUGUAUCCUGUCAGGGACGGCUUGUACACGAUCACUUCUCCUACAUGAAAUAUGAAUACAAGCAAUAUAUGAAAUAUGACCAUAAAAGUAACCAGAAUAUUAAGAAACUAAUAAAGUCAUAUUCCCAUCACAAGUACCCUAAACUAUUAGUUCCAGGAACCUUUCUUCAAGGGACUUAAAGGUUCUUGCCAUUGGCUGCAUUUCUAAAAAGCUGUUAUAUUUCAUGCAACUAUACAACAAUGUGUUCCACUCCAGUCCAGUAGGUGGCAGUAAUGCAAAGGACUAAACAACAACAGUUAAACUACUUUAUCUGAUUGACAGACAUGAGGGAGACUCGACAACAAUGCAACAGUAGUAACCGUGUAAGAGAGUACAGCUGUGUUUGGGUUCCUCUUAAUUUACUGCAUUGAUAGCAACCAUAGAGUCAAAUAAACAAAUGUAAUAUAGACAAAAUUCUACACCCAAAAAAAGCAAACACAAUUUUACACGCAUACAACUGCAGAGACUGAGGACGAGAUGAAAUGUUGGGAGCGCCCGACCAAUCAGAAACGCUCUGCAUUAUACGUCCCAAAGUUCCUGCACGUCUGAAAAGUACUAUCAACUGAUCACAGACUUUUAAUGUCGUGGUAACGUAGACUCUGGUAACUGCGGUGAAAACGAGACUAGAGGUUCUUAGUUCUUGGGUCAAGCCGCUUAAGAUUGCACUGGUAUUUUACAGACCAAAACCUACCGGUGUGUGUAAAGACACAUAUUUGAUAUAGAAGCGUAGUCACUAUGAAGGGUCUUAAUGCUGGUGUUUGCUUUGAUCCGUAUGCAGUGGAUAGAUGGUGGUUUGGCACCAUAAACGUCAGUAAGAUAAUCAAUGACUUAGUUAGCUAGAAUACAUUAUAGAUAUCUGUUCACAUUUAAAAUGCAAUAUAGAAGUUAACUUUGAAGCAGGGUCGGGUUCAGUUCACUAGAAAACAAAACAAUUCUGAAAAUACCCUUGAUUAAGAAUUCUAACCAUGCGAUUUGGUCGCAAAAUUAAUUUAUAAAUCAGUUAGUAGCUAUUGCCUGAUUUUCUUUUCUUUCUUUGACUUCUUGAAAGGAACCGAACCCACUCCUGUCUGAAAAAAGGUGAAUUUGUAUAUUGAAGCACAGAGGAGAUGUUUUAUUUUUCAGUGUCUAUUUAAUAGCUAUGUUAAGAAUUCCAAACUAUGCAAUAAUCCCACACAAAGGAUUUACAGCAACACAGAAAUUGACCUUCAUUUCAUUCAGUGCCAGCCAAUGCUGUGUGAUUGAAGCAGCAGCGCGUGUGAACUCAUACGAGACUCAGUGUGAAGGCAUUGCUCCGCUAUGAUGCUUUCCGUUUCUGUGUUUUUUGUAAACUAGCAUUCCUUUUGUUCUGUGAAGACGAUCAUUUCUUUUGCGUCACGCGGUGCGAAGCGACAGCUGAAGGAAUCACUUGGGAAGUCAAGAGCUAUAGUCACACUGUAGUAUAUCCUAGCUUAUAUUUUAUGUUAAAUAUGCACUUUGCAUCUUAACCACUAUAAAGGGCAUUGAAACAUUGAGUACAUGUGCAACUGAGGCAUAUUUUAUUCACCCCGUGAAUGGAGAUGAGUUUGAAUAUUUCGCAUCCUGAAGGGUCAGGGCUUCUUCAUGUACUAUUGAUACAUAUGUCUGUAUCUCUGUUGUCCAUGGGUAAAUCCAAACCCCAACAGCUGCUGCUAAGUUACUGCUACCCUGUAUGAUGCUGUGCGGAUGCCUCUCUGCUGUGGUCGCUUUGAUCUGUCAACACACAGUGAACUCAGCAUUGGUCCACAUUUACAUUUUAAAACACCCAGCCAUGUUUCAUAUUUAUUUUCUACAAACAUUCCUCGUGUCAAAGAUAUUUGGCAAGGGCAAAUUGACUGUUUCCUCACGAAGUCUCAUGAAAUGGAAUUUAUAGAGAAUGUACCUGUAUACUGAAUGUCUCUUUCAACAAGGACAUGCCCACGUUAGAUGACCGAUGAAGGCUAUUAGGGGAAAAAGAGUAAUUUCGAUUUCUUUCUGUUUUAGAUUUUUAAUUCAAGUGUAGGGGGCUUAAGGUGGUACUGUAUGGUGGUAUUGUUAAAUGGACCCAUGGUGAGUUUUGUGAAACUGUUACUGUCAAUACUAGAGACAAAAAAAGAAGAAAAAAAAUCUCCCUCUCUUCUGGCACUUCAUGGUACUCUUUCCUCUCAAGACUUGAAAUAGAUCGAUAAAUGUUGUUGUGCUUAAACAAAAUCUAAAAGCUUUGGUGACUAGUAAAGUUUAUUUUGUAUUCAUAUAUAAGUGACAGUUAUUUUACUAUCAGAUUCAAAAAGUUAUCGCAGAUUUUAGGAGAUUACUGAAGAUCCUGAUACAGAUGCUACGUAUGUAACGCAUGAUUGACCCUUGUGAAUCACUUGCACUUUAAAAUAUACCCAUAUACAUAUAUGCCCAUACUGUGUAUAUGUUUGGGUUUUUUCUCUGUACUGAAAAGUCAUGAAAGAUACAGAUGCAUCAGUUGUGUGUCUUUUGCUGAACAGAAAUAAAAUAUUUAUCAUAUCUGG